AUGGAUGAAAAAGGAAGAAGAACCAGCAACACCCUUUUGAGUGAGGACGAGAUGGACCUUCGAAGAGGCCCUUGGACCGUCGAUGAGGACCUCACUCUCAUCAAUUACAUUGCCACUCAUGGCGAAGGUCGCUGGAACACCCUCGCCCUCUCUGCCGGGCUGAAACGAACGGGGAAGAGUUGCAGAUUGAGGUGGCUCAACUAUCUUCGUCCUGAUGUUCGACGUGGAAACAUCACGCUUGAAGAACAACUUUUGAUCCUCGAACUCCAUUCCCGCUGGGGAAACCGAUGGUCGAAAAUUGCUCAAUAUUUGCCUGGUAGAACGGACAAUGAGAUAAAGAACUAUUGGAGAACUCGUGUCCAAAAGCAUGCCAAACAACUGAAAUGUGACGUGAAUAGCAAACAAUUCAAGGACACCAUGCGUUACCUUUGGAUGCCGAGGCUGGUGGAACGCAUUCAAGCAGCUGCAACUGCCUCAGUCACCACCAACAAUGCAUACACCUCUCAGAACAACCUUACCAACAGCAAAAUAGAGGUUCAUAAUCUCAAGGACAGAAUGGGGUUAAUCGAUCCUUCACCUUUGAACAAUGACUUUGUGGGUUCCUAUGUCAUGCAAAGUCACACUCCAGAUAAUAGUAGCACGGCUUUGUCAUCAUCAGACUCAUUUGGGACUCAAGUCUCAACAAAAUCUGAUCUCACCGAUUAUUACAGUGUUCCCAUUAGUAGCAACAAUAAUAAUACCAAUCCUGCAGAUCAUUAUCAACCCUCUCACACUAGUUACUCAAAUUGCAUCACAAGCCCACCUGGGUUUCUCCCUCAAGGAUUGGAUCUGCAACCCCUAGAUCCAUGGAACUUGCAGAAUGGUGGGGACUCGUCUGACAAUUUUUGGAACGUUGAAAACAUGUUGUUCUUAGAGCAACAUCUCAUGAAUGACAACAUGUGA